AUGGAACGUCUAUUUCUCGAUAUACUUGCAGAGGAGACCCAAAAAGGUAACAAGCCAUCUAAUACAUUUAGAUCAGUUUCUAUAAAUCGAGUUGCUACAACUAUUUCCGAAAAAUUUCAAGUCCAAUGUGCCACCAAACACGUGGAAAAUCAUUUGAGGACAAUAAAAAAUACAUGGAAAACCAUAUGUACAAUUCGUGAAGAAAGUGGAUUAGGGUGGGACGAGAACCUGAGAAUGAUAACUUGCGAUGAAGUGACAUAUGAUGCUAUAGUGACGGCACACCCAAAAUAUGGACCAUAUUUGAACAAAAAAAUUGAUUUCUAUGAUGAGAUGGCUCUUGUUGUUGGUCAAGAUAUGGCAACAGGGAGUUUUGCUAAAACCUUUGCUGAUAUAGAAUUGGAUGAUGUUAAUGAAGGUUCAAUGCCGUUAAAUAUCGAUACUCAAGAUAUCGAAGAGGAAAAAACAAAAUUAUCUUCAUCUGGUACAUCAAAACGUAAAAGGAAGAAUGUCCAAGACAAUGUCGAGGAUGAUCAUAUUAAAUUGGUAAGUGAGAAACUUGGAGAGAUUGCAGAAGCACUAAAAAAAUUUACACAGGAUCAAACACCACAUAUGUAUGAAGAAGUUAUGUCGAUGGAGAAAGAAGGCUUUGAUGACGAAUUUCUUUGUGAGGUGUUCGAUUAUUUGGGUAAAAAUGAGUUGGAGGCCAAAGUUUUCUUAGCAAAAAAACCAAAACAUAGGAAACUUUGGCUUCAAAAGUUUCCUCAAAGUUAG